GCUCGGUGAAAGUCGCGUCUGUUAUCUGUUGGGUUUUAAAGAAGAGGAGCGAGACCGAGGAGCUCGUGUGUGGCUACGGAUGGGGGGCUGGGGCUGUCCGGACAAACCGGACCUUCAUCACGAGCCGAGCGGGCGCAUCCGGACUGGCGCGAGUCUGCUGCGGCAGCGCGAGGGCUGAGUUUCCCGGCGUAUACAGGGGUUUUAUUCUGACUUUGCUCGCAGAAGCUUCAUGACUGAAGUGUUUUGGAACAGGAAUCUCCGAAGCGAAGUGCUGGAAAUUGGAAAUGCAGCGCUGAAACUACGCCGGGCAAGCAGACGUGGGACGUCUAAAUACAGCGCGUGCUUCAGUGAUUUUUUUUUUUCUUUCCCCGCGAAGGGAAAAAAUCAUGAAGACGUAGUCAGUGGUGUUAGAACGGAACGUCAGAUCUGCGCGUUGGCUCUCACGUUAAUGUGAACUCGACUUUAGUUUACGCUUUUACGUUCGGCGGACGCGGCACGAUCGUUAGUGUGUGUGUGUGAGUGAGUGAGAGAGUGAGUGUGUGACACCGCGCGCACACCUCGCGGAUCUGCGCAAACGGAGCCGCGCGCGGGGGGCUGAAGGGUGAAGCGGUCGUGACAGUUAGACCCCAAAUUCCAGCAGUUGGAGCGACACCACGCAGCGCCCCGCACGCCUGCUGAAGGAUAACUUUUCACAUCUUUCCGCCCCCUUUUUCCCCUUUUCAUGGAUUGUCGGCUUCCCCAGCGCCCCGUGGCUCGGGGGUCCGCGUUUUGUCGUGCGGCUCGUUUCGCGGAGACGUCCACGCGUGGGAGCGCUAUGGGUCUGCGGUGGUUCCGCUGAAAAGCCCCUCUGCCUCUCGCCUCCACCACCAUGCAGCUCCUCCGCCUCGCGUGGGCUUUCGCGGGAGCGGCCCUAUGUUGUUUCCUCAUUUUUCUCCUCCACGCGCACUUCAUGAAAGAAGGUCAGCUAGCAGCGGGGACAUGCGAGAUCGUCACUCUCGACCGGGACAGCAGUCAGCCGCGGCGGACAGUUGCUCGACAGACGGCACGGUGUGCAUGCAGAAAGGGACAGAUCGCCGGCACCACAAGAGCCAGGCCGGCCUGUGUGGACGCUCGCAUUGUCAGGACCAAGCAGUGGUGUGAAAUGAUGCCCUGCUUGGACAAUGAAGGCUGCAACCUGUUAGUAAAUAAAUCAGGCUGGACCUGUACUCAACCCGGCGGCAGAGUUAAGACCACUACAGUCUCCUGACGGCGGUAGGAAUACAGACUUCUCUGGAGGGGCUACAGGACGUAUUCCAUUUCUCCCCACAGCCCGACAUCACCGCCGCAGAUCAUCUGUCGUCUGUCAUUGGCUUGACUCAUCCGUCCAUCUGUCUGUCUGCACUGCGAAAUGGACAGCAUCCCCUUGUGCCACAGUGAUUUCCUGACUGGGACGUACACCUGGGUCAUUCCAUUCUGCAAGAGGUACUGCCACCUGCUCUCUCAUUCAAUGGCUGGACUUUACGCUGCCAGAAUUGGAGGAAGUGCAGGACCCUGAGGACCUGUGGCGCGUGGCCGGACCGAACGUCCCCAUCUCGUGUGCUGUGCCUUGGCUACAGCAUGCCUGGCGCUCGCAAGGGGUUUUUAUAGACCAAAGAGAAAAGCGUGUUUUAUGUGGACAGGAUGGGACUGGGUACAAUGCAAAGGGAGUUUCAGGAAGUCAAACACUGAGCUGUUGUGAAGCAGCGGAACACUCUCCGACACACCCAAAUAUAACUGACCAUUAGUGUGCGGAGAGAUUUUUUUUCAUACAGGAGUUAUGUGCUCAAACUGAGUACGGAACUGGUACAUGGUGGAAGGUAUACUUUUAACACUUGGCUCAUCUUGGACUUAUUUCACUACUGUACUUUGAUCAAAUAAUAUUAUAUAUAUUCAAAUAUAUAUAAUAUUCUGAUUCCCAUUUUAGAUAGCUGUAUUUGGACAAUUUGCAAUAAGCAUGGUUGGUUACAGCAAACCAUUUAUCAUCUGAUUAAAAAUCAAAUAGUACUAUUGGUUUUGGGAAAAUAUCAUUAAAUGUAUUUUGAAAUGCCUAAAGUUAUAUAUUUAACAAUUUUAUAUGUGGUAUCUUUGUAGAAACCCUUAUUUAACAUGUGGUCAUAAUGCAGUUACAAUAAUUGGCCACUAGGGGAGUUGUGUGCUAGUCCUGUGGGGACUUGGCCUGCUAUUUGCUCUUCUAUUUUUUUAUCCAUUCAGAUAUUUUCAAGUGCAAAACAUGACCAACCUUACCUAUAUAUUAAAAAAAAAAAAAUAGACACC